AUAGCGCGAGAUUCACUGUUUGUGCUACCUGUAGAAAGGUGACAAGAAGAAUGAAUAAUGGUAACAAUGAUGGAGCCAACAGACCAGGAUAUUCAGAAUUAACAAAUUACAUUCCAACCGGUUAUCAAGAGAAUUAUGACUACGAGUUACCAAAAAAUGCCGCUGCUAGUGGCAAUCACUUACCUAUCUCCCAAAAUAUGCUAUGCCAAGUUGAUGAAAAGCCGAAAAUCUUGUUAAUGGGUUUAAGAAGAAGUGGAAAGUCAUCAAUUCAGCGAGUUGUAUUUCAUAAAAUGGCACCUAAUGAAACAUUGUUCCUGGAAAGUACACACAAAAUUGAAAAGAAUGAUGUCUCUGAAUGUUCUUUUAUCAAAUUUCAAAUAUGGGAUUUUCCCGGUCACAUUGAUUUUUGUGACGAAACAUUUCAAUCUGAGGCCAUAUUCUUAGCUUCUUGUGCCAUUAUAUUCAUAAUUGAUGCUCAGGAUGACUACCAUGAAGCAUUAACUCGUUUACAUAUCACUCUAGAGUCAGCAUUUCGCUUUAAUAUGAAUAUUAAAUUCGAAGUAUUUAUCCAUAAAGUUGAUUGUUUAACGGAUGAUCAGAAAAUGGAUAUUCAGCGAGACAUUACACAACGUGUAACCGGUGUCUUAGAAGAUUUACUCUGUGAACAACCAUCAAAUGCUGGAAUAAGUAUAGGAUUCCAUUUAACUACGAUAUAUGAUCAUUCAAUCUUCGAGGCAUUUAGUAAAGUGGUACAAAAAUUAAUCCCCUAUUUGGAUGCAUUUGAGCAUUUGUUGAAUAUAUUUAUUUCAAAUUCCAUGGUGGAUAAGGCUUUUCUCUUUGACGUUGCCAGCAAAAUCUAUUUGGCAACAGAUUCUAAUGCAGUGGAUAUGCAAACCUAUGAAUUAUGCUGUGAUAUGAUUGAUGUUGUUGUUGAUGUAGCAGCAAUUUACACUCCUCGUUCUAAUUUUGUUGAUCCACCUGUCUCUGAACAAACUGGCGCUACGAUUAUUUUAAAUAAUGAUAGAGCAUUAUAUUUACGUGGAGUUAAUCAGUACAUGGCACUAGCUUGUUUAAUGUACGAGGAGUCAUUAGAGAAAAUGGCAGUUUGCUGUUCGAACGCCUUAAAAUAAUCGUUCGUCAACUCCAUUUUCUUGUGACGCCUAAAUCGCAUCAUUGUAAUAAUUUGAACAUUGAGGAAUCCACUGAGGCGGUAUGUCAAUGUACGAAUAUUCGUCUUUGUCUUCAGUGAAUAUAUACAGGUGACAAAUGAUUUCUGCGAAUGAGAUACUUAAUGAUUUUUAAGAAAACACCAAACGACUUACAUACUUUCUGGAGUUAUAUUUAGAUAUUUUGUGCUAACAGUGAAUAGAAGUGAUUAUGUGCUUGUUUAUUCAACGACAUGCUUACAAUUUACAGUUAUUGAAUUAAACGCGCUACCUCUGUUUAUCCUCAAUUUGAUGCGUCGAACUGAGAUUCAGUUACUGAAUGUCCAAACUAUUAAAAAGUUAUCUGUUUUGUUUUGAGAUGGAUGUUGAGAUAUACUAGAUACAUGGAAUCUAAUGUUUAUAACUACCCACCUGGUUGAUUAAAAGCGAAAGAAAAACUGUCACAAGCUCUAUGCGAUGGCGUCUAGUCAAAAUCAACCCUAAAGUGCACGAAGAAAUCCACCUUUUGCAAGGAUUCAUAAUGCAUGUGACUGCGAUAAAUUGUCACAGUCUCGGCAGAUAUGUGCUUACGUCUAGUCAAACCAUGUCUGACAAUGUUCUCGCUGUUUAUUGUUGCUCUAUAACUGAGUUAUACCAUAGUUUGAUUGGUUGUCAUUAAAGUAUGAUUGAGUCUAUGCUACUGUAACUGUUAGUGUAAGUACAGCUACUUAAUAAACUGUGAAUGAGGUUGCGUGACCUGAUUUUGGAACCUACUACAAUUGCAAUCCUUGUUCUCUCUGUGUCAUUCCGGAGUGGUAGUUCCAGUUAGCUUUAUAUACAAAUUGAACUAAUUCAUAAUUCAAAUUGCGAAAACAGUACAUUGAUCAUUUGUCACAAGGGGUAAGAUUUUGUCGGGAUCCUCGUAAGUGUCACGUAAUUUUUAAUUCAAAAUUUUUUUCUUAGCUGUUCGUAACUACAUGAUAUCUGUGUUUAUUUCUUUAUGUUGAAAUUAUGACAUUUACAGGUUGAGCCUGAUGAGACUUUAGCACAAAAUAUGUAAUUCUGCUGAGAUUUGUGUUCUGAAUGAUACAAUAGGUAUAUUUAAUCUACUCAAGCCUCGAUAUUUUGUUGGUAAUCCAUUUUGCAUAGAGAAAUAUAAGCACAAACGAGAUCAAAGCAUAUUUACAUGGAAAUAUUUUUAGACUCCGUCUAAGCAAUGCUGAGUAUUGUUUAGGUCCUUACUCAUUAGCAAACUGGUGUAUACAAAGAGACAUUGAAGGGCACUGGUUCCAAACCGGUAUCGUGCCCGGACUUUAGAACACACAAAUGCUGUAUGAACUUCCUUUGGACGUUAGCAACAAUGAGAAUGUAGCAUUCAACACUGCUCUGUGAAUUAGACUUCAAGUUAAAGGAUAGCGUAGUAAACACCUGUCGGAGUGUGGACGUUUUAGUAAAACCUUAGUCCUCACAUAAUCUAUAUUGCCUAGUAUUUCUUGAUUUUCAGUGAUUUAUCAACUUUGUGUUGAAAGCUAUCUACAAGUUAUUCACCUUAAAAAUUACUGACUUCGUAAAUUUGAUUGUGUUGCUGGGGGACUGUUCAGGAUAAUUUUUAUCCUUAGCCUACUCAACCAAAUAAAUCUACUCCAACAACACAAAUCUCUUCUUCAACCGUUACUGGUAUUUCCAAUUUCUAGAACACUAAUGUCUUGAUAAACCUACUGUAUUGAGAAGUAAUGAAGUGAUUAGAGACGGAAGUAUGGGUAAAAUUUCAUAGUAUAAGACCGGAAAGCUCAAAUGACGGUUACAGAUGAAGCUGUAGGAAACGAGAAGACAAAGAUGAAGGGAGGAAUCACUACCAACCAGCUCUUGUCGUUUUCUCGCCAAGUCAGCAUUCCAUAAGUAUUCACCCAUAGGCGUUCUUUUUGUGUCAACAAUGUUCUCAACUUUUAUUUCCCACAGAUUUGUUUGUCUCCGUUCCUUCAGUUAUGGCUUUUAUCACUUAAGUAUAGGGUCCGACUUCUGAAGACAAAUAAGUCUUAAUGGGUCCUUUUCUACUGCAUGUACACCGUAUGUGAUCUCAGGUAGAGUUCAUUUUCUUCGUCUGAUCUUGAUAAGAAGUCUGCUAACUAGUUUUUUUCCCCUGCAAAGUGACCGAUUGUGAAAUUGUACGCUUGCAAAAAGUCAUUUUCAAAAUGUACUUCAUUCCCUUUUCUGCUUCUUCUUCUUUUGCUCUUCAUACACCAGCGUUGUCUCUCGCAUUUCUCUGGGCAGAUUUCUUACCCAUUGCUGGUAAUUCUCUAUGAUUUCUGCCGUCCUCUCAAUAUAUACUACUUAUAUCCAUUCUUACCAGCAACGCCUACCACAGAGUUAUAAACAUUUACUGAUAUUGCACAUGUUGUCCAGUUGUGCCAAAAAAGCCUUACCACUUUUUUAUGAAAUUCCUUUUUGUAAAUGAAGCGUAUAGGCAGUAGUCUACAUUUUUGUCCCUGUUGCCUAAGUUAUACUGUAAAAAGCCAUAUAUGUGUAAUCUUAGAUCCUAUUUAAAACGAACUCUUUGGAAUUCAACUUCACUAAUUACGCUAGAAAAGUGUUUACUUUCGAUUAAGACUUGGUUACCUUGAUUGCUAUAAAUCCUUAUAGUAUUGAGUUCUCUAAGCUAGAUUGUUUAAUCACGGAGCUUCCGUCGUCAUUCUAGAGAGAACAUAACACCAUUAAAAUUAUCCUUCUGAGCUAUAAAUAUUCUCCAUCAUCUCAAAAUGCAAUAUAUUCUACCUAGCUUUUCAAGGUGAUAUCCUACUAAGUUGAUUCUUACUUCACCUGAUAAGUACUAAGUGACAGAUUUCUAACCUAAAUAAUAAGGCAUUAGACCAUAUUCUUUAGUCCUACCUACUGUGACUGACUGAAAUUUCAUCUUCUUCAGCAAAUAGAUUUCAGCAGCAAGUCGCUUAAAUUAGUCUUUUGAUACCUUGAACUGCUUAUAGGUCUUCUUUUGAUUAAAGACAGUCAGUAUUGAUUAACUUUGUAACCUGAACGACUGUUAUUGAUGCAAUGAAGUGGCUGACUCUACCUCAAAAUUCACUCUUCAGCAUUCUUAUCAUCUCCAAAGAUUGAUAAAGAGUAAGCCAACAAUUUUAUAGUGUUGGACUGACAGUCUUCCUGCUGUCAGUCUUUGGGUUCGAUUAAUACAGAUUCCGACAAAUGCUGGAUGCUACUUUUUUCUCAUUUCGAGUGCCCGUCAUAACUCAAAAUUGAAAUUCACUCAGCAGCCACAUGCAUGUUCUUGCUGUAGGCAAUGAGACCCGCCUGUUGCUUGGAGGCUUGUGAUACCACCUGGCUACCCAGAUCUCUUAGGCGGAGUCGGGGUCGAAUUUGACUGAUCGGUUGAAAGUCAAGUGCCUGGACCAAUGAGCCACAGCUUCACAUAAGUCGUAAGAGGUCAUUUUUACGCAAAUUGAGAAAACUUCUCCAUGUUAGAGGUUAUAGGGACCGUUGAAAUGAACAUCCAUCAAGAGUUUAUGAAAAUUUGAGGAAACCAAGAGGAAAAAAUUAACGGUUUUAACAUCCACUUGCCAUUUCAACAAAAUCUUGCUAGUACUAUCGUUUGCCAAGUCAACAAUUAUAGAACUUCAAACGAAGGUGAAAAGUUGAGGAGGACGAAAUACGCAUUUAAUUGGAUGUUUUUAAUUCAUCUUACCAACUGGAAAUUCUCUUUUCCAGUCUGGUUUCCAAUUAAAUUUGUAUUUGCUUAUCCAUAGAAAGUGCCUAGUAACUGAAACAACCGCCGGAUAAAACAUCGUAUAACUGGACUCAUUUGAAUAAACGUCAUCCAUAACUAGCGUACCAAAGUUCUUAUUAGUGAAGUUCACUGUCCAAUUUAGCACAGAAUCCAAGUUCAUACACCAGCAGUAUGUAAAGAAUACAGGAUGGACGUCAUGUGAGCUAAACAGCUAAGUGAAGUAUACUGGAAGAGCUACUGUCGACUAAAGGUAUUCGUUACCUCCCAGCUUCACUUGACAAUACUAUUCAAAAUGAAUGGAAAUGAAUAUUCAAGUAAUGUCAAGGUAUCUACUUAGCAGCCAAUAUACCGACAGAGGUCGGUCAAUUCGAUCCAGUAUAACAACAAAAAAUUAUAAGUCUCAGUAAGCAGUGAAUGAGAGUUUACAACUUGCAUCUGUGGCGUACACAUGAUAAAUUGUGAGAUCAUAUUUUUACCUUUUACAAAUUCAUUUCUGUUUAAUUGUAUGCAGUGACAUUUUCUUUUUUCUUCAGGCUUAAUAGAGUUCAAUUUCCGUGUUAUUAAGAAUGCACUGCAACAAAUGUUGGAAUUGAAUCAACAGCAUGCGAAACAAGAAUUAGCUGCUAUGUUAAUGCAUCAACCGACCUCAAAUCGUAUACCAGAAGAUGAGGAAGAAGAGAAGGCGAUUGUAAACGAACCAAUGGAUGAAAUUGACUCAGAUGAAAAAGAUGAACAAAUUGAUGAUGAACAAGAAAUUAAUAGAGACCAAAUAGCAUACAACGAUAGAGGGAUACGAAAAAUGUAGCCAAGUUCUGUGUACCAUUGUAUUCUAAUUUCAUGAAACUAUUUUGUAUUCGCAUAGGUAUGUAAAUGAAUUUGUCUAAGUACAGUAACAACUACUGACUCAUUUACUGUGAUUUUUUGUUUGCUUAUUUUUAUCUACCACUUUCAUACUUACUAUUGAUUACAUAUAUACAUACAUAUUUACUUGACUUUUCUGAAAAUAUCUUCCUUCUAAUUCUUUAUAUUUACCAUGCAAUAUUUAAUGUGUUCAGCUGUUUAAAAUUGAAAUAAUCAGUAAGAGAUGAAUACUGAUACACUG